CUGUCAUUGGUGGUUCAGUUCACCAUCAACCUCUUCAAGUCCUCUUAUCUUUCUCUCAGCUAACACAAAACGUCACCCCUCAAAUUCACCUUGUUCCUUUAUAUUUCCACAAGUUGAUUUCCAGAUAUAAAUUUGUGAGUCUAGCUAUUGGCAAUUUUUUUUGUAAACCACCAACUGAGACAACCCAGAAAAGCGACUUGGAAGUUUCAAACAUGUUUGAGAUGCUGUUUGGAUGGAGAAAAGCCUCCAAAUGCAAGAAACAGAUUAGACGAGUUCAGUGCCGUCUCAAACUUCUGAAGAACAAGAGAUGUUCGAUUGUUAGGCAAUUGCGAGACGACAUGGCUGAGCUGCUCAGACAUGGCCACGAUGAGAGUGUCUUCAAUAGGGUUGAGCUGCUCUUUAAAGAUGAAAGUGUAGUGGCAGUAUAUGACCUGUUGGAUCAUUUCUGUGAAUUAAUCCUCGUUAACCUAUCCUACAUCCGAAGACACAAGGACUGUCCUAAUGACAUCAAUGAGGCAGUAUCAAGUCUCAUAUUUGCAUCUGCAAGAUUUGGGGAUCUACCCGAGCUUCUGGUGAUUCGGAAGCUCUUUGGGGAGCGUUAUGGUAAAAGAUUUGAAAUGACUGCUCUUGAAUUACUUCCGGGUAAUCUAGUGAACCGACAGAUCAAAGAGAACCUCUCUAUAAAGUCGGUACCAGAUGAUGUGAGGUAUAGAUUGGUGGAUGAAAUUACAAGGAGUUCCUUUCAACUAGGACCUUUGGCACUUGAAUACAGUUCUGAGCUGCAACAACAGCUGGCAAGCAAAAGCAGUGGUGAUCAAAUCCCAAGUAACGAACUUAAAGCUAACUGCCACGAGAUUGAAGUCUCUCAGUUGCAGGGUUCAAUCAUUGAUGAUAAAGAAGGAAAAAUCAUAUAUGUUGAUAUCUCAUCAGAGAGCAAGAAACUUCUAAUUGAACCGUUUUCUUCUCACCAAGGUUCUGAUACUACUGGCACUUCCACUUGCUUGUCAACAGCUCUGCACCCUUCUCGAAACACAAUGGGAACUUCAAUGCAUAAGAAAGAAGGGAAAAUAGAAAAGGACACCUCACUUAGUCUUCCAUACGAACUCACAUUAUCUGGUCAGAAAAAUAUUGAAGGUUGGAGUUCUUGCAUAAACCACACUGCCACUUUGGCACACACUAUAGAUGGCAUGGCCGAAUCUUCUUCUGAAACUUCAGCUAAAUUCCCCGAGGAGAUGAUAUAUCUUGAUGACAUUGAGGAAUUUGAGUCUCCCAUGAGCAAGGACCAAAACUGCCAGGAUCAAAGAUUAUUCAAGUUCAAAUCAUCUGCUAUUCCCACUCAAGAAAUAUUUGAAGAUCGCCAUAAUGAAGCUUCUAAGAAGCAAUUUGAAUUGUGGAAUGAGAAGACAAGCUCAAGAAGCUACAGAAAGAGUGAAAAGGACCCUGGAAAAAGAUUGAGGAAGAGAUCGAUUUCUCGAGAGCGUAGAAGUGCAUCUGAAUGUGAACUUUAUUAUGGUGGUUCAUGUGAGAAUCUGCCAAAUUACAACCAUAAAUCCCAUCACCAGAGAAAGCAUCAGAAGAGGGUUUCUGGGGAGGAAAACCGAGAAUCAUCUUGUGCUCGAGAAAGAUUGGUCAAUUGCUGCUGUACAAAACUAGGCAACAACUUCAGUUUUAAAGAGUAUAAACCUGUUCAGAUGAGAUCAUGCUACAGCUGCAGCUCCAAAGGUGAAAUGUUCAAUAACUGCAGCUUGGAACAUCCCUGUUAUUUCUGCACUGAUGAUGGCAAGUACGAUUGGGAAAGUUCCCCAUGGAAAACAAAGAAGAGAUUAACAACUUUGCAGGCAUGUCCUUCUGAUAUCUACUACUGUUACUGUUAUGACAGGGGAAAACCGAAUAACCCUGGAGGAGAAUGGGUGCUCCCACCUCAUAGAUCAAGAAGAAACUAUCAAACUGAUGCAAUGCUGUGUAAAAAUGUGGUCCACCCCGAUUACAUGCCUAAGAAGCAGAGCAAAAAACUGGACGAGGAAUGGGAUGCAGACCGAGGAGACUAUCCUGCAAAUUGUGCUACGCCUAGUCCUUGGACUAGGAAGGGUAUUCAGCCCAUUUACUCGAGGGGCAUGACUAUGCCCCCAGAAAGGCCUACAGAGAGUCGCACUGACAACAUUCUCCGGUCCAAUUCGUUCCCAAUUCAAGAGUGUAGUAAUUUGAGCACUGCAUCCUCUUCAUCUCGCCAUGUCCAUCCGAAGCUGCCAGACUACGAUGAGUUACAAGCUAAAUUCAUGGCUCUCAAGGAAGCAAAUUUGCAAAAUAAGCACUAGCAGAGGGACCAUUGACUACUGGAACAUCAUGAACUAGAUUUAUAAUCUUUAUGCUGAUUUUCAAGUGCUGUUUAUAGUGCUGUCCAUUGAUUUCUUUUCUUGUAAUGUUUUUAGUAGAGUUAUCAUUUUAAUUACUCAUUAUAAUGGAAG